GUGCUAUAAAGGAGUGGCUCUGUUAAUGAAAUAUCCAUGCACUGUCACCAACGGAGGGCUGCACCAGACCUGGCAUGAAAAGGGGGUAACGACACAAAGCGCUGUGCGAAUAAGCCUUGGAGUUACCUAGAAGUGGUCAUUGCAUUUAGAUAUAUGGGCAAUGUAACUGCGCUGAGAGCGUAUCACUCAGCUGAAGGCAUCCGAGAUGGCGAGUCAGAGUUUCCAGUGUCUCAUCGGUGCAUGUGACUCUGCUCAGCCGCUGCUCCAGCGCGGACGCCUCACUCGGUGCCGAACGCUCGCCUAAGGACAGAAUGGGGUGUACGUGGCUGCACGGCUGUUUCCUGCUGCCUGUGUUGUGUCUGGCGGUUGCGAUGGACAUUGAGCUGGAGCUGGGGACUGACUGGGGCUCUGGCCUGCAGGAGCUCCUCCACAGCUUUCCGGCCGACAGUCCCUUUGUCACUGAGACUGCAGACAGGCCGGCCAACUGCUCCCAGCGCUUCUGGCUGCCGCCAUCAUCCCCCAUCUGCUGGGAUAACAUAGUGGGUCCAGAGGAGUUCGAGCAGUCACGCCUCCUCGCGCUCCAGAACCGCGCUGCCCUCCGGGCCGUAGCCGAAGCUAGCGGGGUGGCCGAGGGAGGCGUCUCCUACAACCAGCAGGCUAGGGAGGACCUGCAGGGCUUCCGGGCAGACCAGCUCAGCUUCGAGCAGACGGCUGGUACCAUGCAAAAUGUUUUUCUCUCUCUAGAAGAAAGACGAAGAGACGGCGCAGAGCUCUGGACCUUCUCGAGUUUAAAGGAGCAACUUGGCACUACAAAAGAUUCCAUCUAUAGCAGACAGCAUCUGACAGACCUUCUGGAGAAACAAGUGAAUCACCUGGAAAGAUCGCUGAACACCCUGCAGCUUCGACUUGCAAAGUUACUGGCAGAGUGACUACACAAUGCUACUAGGUAGAUGUUAUGCUGAAUUGUGUACAGUGCAUGCACAGCACAUGGCAACCUAGCUUAUAUCCUUGCCCCACAAAAACAAGUAUGAGAACCAUUCUAUGUUAUCAAUCUGUAAGUUUGCCUUUGGCCUGUAGAGGCGCUGUUUUUACAGUACAACCUUCUACUGUUUGUCAUAAAAUCUAUUUUUGUGACUAGCUUUCUUAUUAACCAAUCAGCUUUGAAGCUUCUGAACACAGUGGCAGAAAGCAGGGAAACUGCAAUUUACCUAGUAACAUUCAUCCCAUCUAUUUCCUUCACUCGUUUGUCCCGCAUGCAGGGUCGCGGGGGCUGCCUGGUAACUGCUCUUAAAAUGUCCUGCCCCCCACACUAUUUUUGGACACUUGAAUUACAUUUUCUGUGACACUAUUUUCUGUGUCUAUCAGAAACAAUGACUGGCCUUAAAAAAAAGUACCAAGUACAAAUUACACAUGACCUAGUAUUUUAUUACAAAGUCGUUAGAAGAAAUGCCAUAAAAUAUGGCUUUAAAACACAUUCUACUAAACAUGGCUGCACGAAUGACUACAUCCAGGAACAAUACAGCUUGAGAUGAGCGAUUCACAAAUUCUGUAGGUUAACGCCUCAAACACCAAGUCAGGCAUAAAAUCUUUAAGCAUGUAAGGAAUUCAAUUUCAAAAUAUUCUUUAGCCCUUUGUUUAAAAGCCAUUUGAAAGCUGGUCACUGUCUUAUGACAGGCUGUCAACUGAUCUGUGGGAUGCAUUGGGGUUUAAAAUAAGACAUUGUUUGUAUGGUUUUAUAGAUUUGUACUUAUUUUGCUUUACUGUUUUCCCAGUUGUAUCUAACAUUUCUUAUGCUAUUAAUACAAUUAUUGUUUUGCCA